AAAAAGGGAGACUUGGUUGAAUAAUACGGCGGCAAAAAAGUAGUAGUAACCCUACACAGUAGCUAGUACCAAAAUGCUGGGUUUGAGUAGAGCCACUACCUCCGCCUCUUCCGCCACCGGUUUCCACAUCAGAAUUCCACAUCUCCAAACCAUCAGAACCAGAACUAAUCAUUGCUUUGUCCCUCAACAGUCCUCAACGACGUCGUAUAGGGUGAUUGUUCAUCCAGUAAAGGCCAUGGCUGAAACUGUAGCUACUCCUCAAUCUGCUCCCACCUUGUCCACUUCUGGGAGGAAGCAAGCAUUGAUAUCACUUUCAGAUAAGACCGACUUGGCUAAGCUUGGCAAUGGGCUGCAGGAGUUGGGGUAUACAAUUGUUUCAACCGGAGGCACUGCAUCAGCUUUGGAAGAUGCUGGUGUGUCUGUCACCAAAGUGGAAGAGCUGACACGUUUCCCUGAAAUGCUUGAUGGCCGUGUAAAGACUUUGCAUCCUGGCAUUCAUGGAGGUAUUCUUGCUAGAAGAGAUCAGGAGCAUCACAUGGAAGCUCUUGAAAAGCAUGAAAUUGGUACAUUUGAUGUUGUUGUGGUCAACUUGUAUCCCUUUUAUGCGAAGGUUUCUUCUUCAAGUGGAAUUUCAUUUGAGGAUGGAAUUGAAAACAUCGAUAUUGGCGGACCUGCCAUGAUUAGAGCUGCUGCAAAGAAUCAUAGGGAUGUUUUGGUCGUAGUUGAUUCUGAAGAUUACCCAGAUCUUUUGGAGUUUCUUCGUGGAGAUAAUGAUGACCAACAAUUUCGUAGGAAGUUGGCCUGGAAAGCUUUUCAACAUGUCGCUUCUUAUGAUUCUGCAGUUUCAGAGUGGCUGUGGAAGCAGACUGUAGGAGAUAAGUUCCCUCCCAGCUUGACAGUGCCACUUUCUCUAAAAGACUCACUUCGAUAUGGUGAAAACCCUCAUCAGAAGGCAGCAGUUUAUGUUGAUAAGUCUCUAUCUGAGGUUAACGCUGGUGGAAUUGCAACUGUUAUCCAACACCAUGGCAAGGAGAUGUCAUAUAACAACUAUCUGGACGCCGAUGCAGCUUGGAAUUGUGUGUGUGAUUUUAAUAAACCAACAUGUGUUGUUGUGAAGCAUACGAAUCCUUGUGGAGUAGCAUCACGGGAUGAUAUCAUUGAAGCAUAUAGGCUGGCUGUGAAAGCAGAUCCAGUUAGUGCAUUUGGUGGCAUAGUAGCCUUCAAUGUCGAAGUUGAUGAGGUUCUUGCUAAGGAUAUUCGAGAAUUUAGAAGCCCUACAGAUGGUGAGACUAGGAUGUUUUAUGAAAUAGUAGUCGCACCAAAGUAUACAGAGAAGGGGCUUGAGGUUCUCCGUGGGAAGUCCAAGACUUUGAGAAUCCUUGAGGCAAGUAAAAACAGCAAGGGAAAGCUUUCUCUCAGACAGAUUGGUGGUGGUUGGUUAGCUCAGGACUCGGAUGAUUUGACCCCUGAAGAUAUCCAAUUUAAUGUCAUGUCCGACAAAACUCCACAAGAAAAUGAGCUUACUGAUGCACAGUUUGCCUGGUUAUGUGUCAAGCAUGUCAAGAGCAAUGCCAUAGUAAUUGCAAAGAACAAUUGUAUGUUAGGAAUGGGGAGUGGACAACCGAAUCGUCUAGAGAGUUUGAGGAUAGCUAUGAGGAAAGCUGGAGAUGAAGUAAAAGGAGCCGCUUUGGCAAGUGAUGCUUUCUUCCCAUUUGCAUGGAAUGACGCUGUUGAAGAGGCAUGUCAAAGUGGAGUGAGCGUUAUUGCAGAACCAGGAGGGAGCAUAAGGGACAAGGAUGCAGUGGAGUGCUGUAACAAGUAUGGAGUCUCGCUUGUUUUCACCAAUGUGAGACACUUCAGGCAUUAGAUGUUUUGGUAGGGCAUCAUUAGACUUGUAAUCUGUUAUCUUUACAAAGUGUUUGAGAUGGCUAACAUUCAUCUCUGAAAGUGCUUGAUAGUUUUAAGGAAUUAUCUAUGAUUUAGAAGGGAGUGUGAGUGUGUAUCAUAGCAAAAUUGUAGUUCUAUGGGAAAUUUUGCUUGGAACUACUUAAUGGGCUAUUUAUUGUAUGAGAGGAGUAGAGCAAUGUUUCAGUUA